CCUUAAAAUGUCUUUGACACGACUUCAAAGUACACAAUGAGCUGACAAAUGACAAUCAAAUGCGCAGAAACGACAUUACUUUUCGGUCCCCCUAAUAUGAUACCACGUGACAAAUACGUCAUCUUUAUUCGUUCCCUUAUUGGCUAAUCAUAAAACCACGCAUGCGUGUAUGUAGCAUAUAUAUAUAUGUAUAUUCAUACUUUGGUUAAAAGAGCGCUAGCAAUGUGUAAACAUUCAUUUACCCUACCUGUGGAUUGGCGACACUGGUAUUCACACGCGUGCGCGCUGUCAGCAUGAUCAACAUGACUGUUGAAAUAUGUUUAUGGCGAGUAUUAAAUGAGUGGACGUGUAAUUAUAUAUAAUUUGCAGUAAAUUGUUAUAUUUUGUUAACAUAUAAAGGUAUAUAAAUAUAUCCUUAAUAAUAUAUCGUUUAUUUGGUCAUUUUCUCAAGUGACAGAAUUGUACGGGGAAAAAGAAAACAAAAAAGAAAGAAAAAGAAAAAACAACAAAAAUUAUAUUCUAUUUUAACCUUGCUUGUAAAAAAAAAGUUAGUACGAGAAAAAAAUUCGAAAAUUCCUUUCUGUAAAUUAAUGAUAUGAUUCUAACUUAUAAUUAUUGGCUAAUAUUGCCAUAAAAAAAUUUUACAACAAGGGAUGUUGGUCUAAUAAGCAGAAGUCAAAAUGUAUAGCUUUGAAGGAGAUUAUAGACGUAAACCGCAACAAAAUUUAUCUGGUGCUAGUAAAAGAGAUGAGAAAGCAAUUUUCCUACAGCAUGCACAAUUGGAACGUUUAAAGCGACAACAACAACGUAUAAGGCAUGAUGCUGCUGUAAAAAUACAAGCUCAUAUUCGUAGCUUUGUAAUUAGGAAGAUUAAUCGCAUGCACAUGAGAUCUGAAUUUGAUAAAGUACAGCAAGCAGUUGGACAAAGAGGUCUAAAUUUGGAAGAAUUAGUAUCUCAAAGUCGGAAAUUAUUAUUUUUUUACAAUCGCACAUUGGAUGCAAAUAGGCUUAUUUUGAUAUUACAACAAUAUCUCAAAAAUCAACAGGAAAUUAAAUUAAGAUGUUUACACUCUGUUGAAUGGUUAUGGAGGUUACGAUGGAUUCUUCGUAUCUGUAUGCAAUAUAAUUCAGAAAUAUCAAUUGGUGGAGCAUAUUCAUUGGCUAUCCCUUUAAGAGCAAUGGAAGUAUUUACGGAUGAAGAUGUUACAGAGAAAAUGUUUCAUAAAAAUAAUAAUUUAUAUUUUGAGAAUAUAUUUAUUUAUCUAAUAAAACAUAGAUAUUUUGAACAAUUACGAACUUUAAUAGAUGAAAAAGUUCCACCUAUGUUACAAUCAUCUUCUAAUGCUCCAACACCAAUAUCCAAAUGCUUGCUAAAUAUGCUACUGAGACCUUUACAGUUAGUUUCUUUUUUGGAACAAAGAAAUGGACAUUAUAUAUUAAUUUUACAAGAAUUUUGUAAAAACAUAUUAUCACAAAAAUUAUCAAGUGCUAUAAAAAUGUUUAUUAUACCUGCUCUAGCAGAAUUUUCAGAAUUUCCAUAUAUACAAUUGAUUAAUUGUAUUAAUCAAUCAGGAAUAGAACCAACAUUAAGUUUAUUAUAUUCGAUUUUGUCUUUAGAAUCCAAGCAAGUCACGUUAUCCAAGUUCAAAACCACUCCGAUCAGUUAUCUUCAGAUUCUUGCUUCGAUGAGUUCUGCCAUUAUACCUGCUGAAAUAAUCACCGAUGAACAUAUAGAAGAUAUGGAAGAUUCGGAUAGUGAAUAUAACACUAAUAUGCUUGAUCUUGAAGAAGGCGAUACGUUACAAGAGUGUAUCGACAUGCUUAAUGAACAGCAGCAUGUGUAUCGAAUACUUCAAAUACUUGAUCAAGGUCAGGAUCUUAUUAUACUACAAUCAUUGUGUGAACUAUGCCAUAACUUAUUAAUUCAUAAUAAGCUAGCUACACACAAGUACAAGCUAUUAUACAUGCUUGCCUUUAAACCUGAAUUUUUAAAAUAUUUAUGGACAGCAUUGUUGUCAGUGUAUCAAACAUCUGUAUUCGGAGGAGCUGCUCCAUUACUGCAAGUUAUUUCACGUGGUAUACCUCUUUCUGCAGAGGAUUCAAAAAAAAUAGUUCCAUUGCUAGAUGUGUUUUGCUCAUUGUUUUCUUUACUUAUUGCAACAUUACAUGAUUCAGAAUUUUUUAUUCAAGAAUCAGAUCAAAUAUCAAAUGAUAAUAUUCAACAGGCUAUGCCAUUCACUACGACAGAAUUAGUGACAUUAUCUAUUCACUUGAAAGAAGUAUGUUUGGGUUUGGUUGAACUUGCUUUUCCCGAUACAAGACCAACUAUUGGAGAAGAUUAUAAAAAUGCUUUGGGUUCAUCAUGUACAAUACGAACACCUUUAAUAACACACAUAAGGACGCAUUUGUUUAAAGUUACCGUUGGUCUAUUACGUCAAUUACAUACGAGAAAUUUAAGAAGACCAUUUUGUCCACCAGAUCAUUGGAUUACAUCAAACAUUGUUAUUCCUGUAGAUAAGCCACAAGACUUUACAUUUCGUAGACGUAGACUUAGAGGCUAUGUACCGUUUCAAGGACUGAGAGGUUUAACGCGUGAAGACCUGAAAGAAGGUCCACCUUUGUCAGCAAAAGAAGUUCGAACUUUAACAUUACUUCGUGAGAUGCCUUUUGUUAUACCGUUCAAUGAUCGUGUUGUAGUAUUUCAGUCAUUAAUUUAUCAUGAUAAAAAAGAGCAACAAGGUGAGUUUACUCACUUUGCCCAAAAACCAUCAAUCCAAAUAACUGUAAGAAGAAAUUAUUUGUAUGAAGAUGCAUUUGAAAAAUUAUCACCAGAAAAUGAGCCAGAAUUAAGAUUAAAAAUGCGCGUUCAAUUCGUCAAUACAGCUGGAUUAGAAGAAUCUGGUGUCGAUGGUGGAGGAUUGUUUAGAGAAUUCUUAUCAGAAUUAUUGAAAACAAGUUUUGAUCCUAAUAGAGGAUUUUUUAAACAUACAAAAGACAAUAUGCUGUAUCCAAAUCCAACAGUACAUUUGUUAAUGGAUGAUUUCCCAAAACAUUACUAUUUUAUUGGUAGAAUUCUUGGAAAAGCUUUAUAUGAAAAUUUAUUAGUAGAGCUCCCAUUUGCAGAAUUUUUCUUAUCAAAAAUCGUUGGACUACAAUCUGACGUUGAUGCUCAUCACUUAGCUUCUUUGGAUCCAAUCAUGUAUACAAAUCUUUUAUCCUUAAAAAGUUAUAAGGGAGAUGUUACUGAUCUUGAAUUGGAUUUUACCGUACUAUCCGAUGAAUUGGGAGAGAAAAGAAUAGACGAAUUAAAGCCAAGCGGUGCUAAUAUUCCUGUUACUAAUCAUAAUCGUAUCGAAUACAUACAUCUAAUGGCAGAUUAUAAAUUGAACAAACAAAUUAGAGCACAAUGCUAUGCAUUUAAGCAAGGUAUUGGCAGUGUAGUUCCCUUAGAAUGGUUACAAAUGUUUAAUAACAAAGAACUUCAAGUAUUAAUAUCAGGAGCGCAAAUUCCUGUAGAUGUAAAUGAUUUAAAAUUACAUACAAAUUAUACCGGUGGAUAUACACCUGAUCAUCCAACUAUCACUGCCUUUUGGAAAGUUGUAAAUGAAUUUAAUGAUCAACAAAAAAGUAAGCUGUUGAAAUUUGUUACAAGCUGUAGCAGGCCACCACUUUUAGGAUUUAAGGAACUUGAUCCACCCUUCUGUAUCCAACAUGCUGGCAGUGUAGACCGCUUGCCAACUUCUAGUACCUGCAUGAAUCUUCUAAAACUUCCUGACUUUCCUAAUGAAAAAACAUUACGUGAAAAGCUUCUAUAUGCAAUAGAAGCUGGUGCAGGAUUUGAACUCAGCUAAAGCUGUAUUUUGAAAGUAAUUUUACAAGUUGCAACAAAAAUAUUGAUGUGUAUGCACAAUAUAGUAUAGCUAUUAUGUGUAAUCUAUAAAUAAUUGGAAUCAUAUUGAUGUAUUUUGUUAAUGGGUGCAGUUUAAAAGUCUGCUCAAAAAUUUGUUUACUGGAUGCUUCAUAUGUAUCAUACAUAUAUUGUUUUAGAAAUAGAUAAUGGAUCCUGAGAUGUAAGUAUUAAUACAAAGUCAACAAACUUACAUUAAUAAUAAGUAGGAAGAGGUAUAAAAAUUAAUUAAGGAAGGCACUAAAUAUGUAACACUGUUAGGAGGGGCCAACUAUCUAGUUAGUGUUUGUUGUCUAAUAAUUUGUCUAACUAUGAUGAAAAUUGCUACUGAUAUCAAUUGACAAGUAAUACUAUUUAUAUUAACAUGACGGAUCUAUUGCAGUAAUGUAUAUGUAUGCUACAUAAAACAUUAUACAAUAAUUACAAAAUACAGAUUUCUAUUUCCGUCAAUAUACUCAAGAAAUGAUUGAAAUUGUGUGGUCUAAAGUGGUACUUGUCAUAUAAACGAUCUACCUAUACGUUUUGCUAGAAAAUACCUCUGAUCUAAGCGACAUUGCGGAAUUCACUUAGAGUGAAUUACUUUAACAUAAUACUUCGAGUAACUAUUUCAUGUAAACAUUGCGCCAAUAGCAUGUAUAUCGGAGAAUAAUGAAUUUACAAGAAGAUUUAUUUACUUAUUUUUUUUCUGUUUUUUCUUUUUUUUUCUUUUUUUUUUCUUUUUUGUAUCUUCAAUGUAUCAAACAAUUUUUGCAUUAACGAAUAAAAGAAAUGAAAAGUUACUCAAAGUAAUUUAAAUAAGUCUUCGCUCUCUGUGCGUACGUAUUUGUCAAUUUUUCUGCCCAUGGCCUACAAUUGUAAAUUGUGUAUAUUUUCAUGUUUUAUAUUUACGAUGAAUGUUUAUAAACCAUUUAUUCAGUGUAAAUAAAAUAACUUAAAACUUUGUUUCUGUCGUGCACUUUAUAAAUAAAUAUCAUCAUUAUAAUUCAAUGAAUUAUCGAUUGUUAAGGCACAGAAAAAAGACAAUAAUAUUAAAAUAAUCAUAAAUAUUAUUCUAUAUCAUAUUUAUAUAUAACAGUAAUACGUAUAAUUAUACGUUAAAGAAUAUUUACAUUGUUUAAUGCUGUUAUAUCAAACAUAACAGGUUACAUCCUAUUGUUAAUGUGAUCGGGCGAUUUCUGAAAAAAAUUCUAAGAUAUCCUGAGUCGUAAAUUCAAGUGUCACCAUGCUGUCUGGAUAACAACGUUGCACUGAUUCUUCAAUGUAUAUGUAUUGGGCGAUGAAUUCACCUUGCAUUUCACGCCAAACGACCUGUGUAAUAAAGAUAUUAAUUUCAUCAAUAUAAAAUUUACAAUAAUAUAAUAUAAUAUAUAAAAGAUUUCUAAUUGAAAAUAAUACCUGUAAUAAAUUUUCUUCUUCGCAAAGAUGUUUCUCAACCUUACGGUACAAAUUUUCUAAGCCUUUUUUUACUUCUCGGGCAGGAUAUUCCUUUAUAACUCGUCGAAGUUCUUGUUUACUAAAAGCCAUUUGAUAACAGAUUUCUGAUUCUUUUACACCAGCUCCAACUUUUGCUUGUACGCCCUCAAAAAAGAGCUACAAAUUUUAUCAUUAUUGAAUUGUGUCUUUUUAAAACUCAAUUACAUCAUAUGUCACAUGUAGCAUACAUACAUAUACAUAUAUAUAUAUAUAUAUAUAUACACAUGCAAUAUGUCAAGUUUAGAUGUAUACAAUACAUUUAAUUAUUUCUUAGACUAUCAAAGAUACGAUAAAAUUUGAUUCAUAGGAGUAAGUACAAUGAUGUAUUUGAUUUUCUUUUUUUUUUUUACGUUUCUUGUAACAUUUAGUAAAUAAAUCAUGAAAAGUGUACGUAUAUCUUGUUAUGUAUUAUAGGAUAGAGUUAAUAUAACUGUACUGUCUACCAUUUAAAAAAGAUGAAGAUAACGUAAAAAUUUUGACGAAUAUAAUGACUUUAUAAAAAGAAAAAGAUCCAAUUACAUCACCGUGCUUAUCCUUUUAGGAUAAACAACUUUUAUUUAAUAAAAAAUUUGUUCGUAUCUUUGUUAGACUAAUAAAUAAUUACAUGUACACAUUUAAGUCGGACAUAUAUUAAUACAUAUAGCGUAAUUUUUAUAAAAUAAACACACAUAUACAUAAAACUAACAUUAAGUUUUUCAAGAGGUCUACCAAAAUAUUGUAUCACAUAUGCACGAAGUGCUUCCUGAUAUCUUUGUUUCGCUUCCUUGCGUUCUUGAUCUAAUACUGAGAUUUUUACUUGUGAUAAAAGAUCAUACAUAUGAUGGAAGUUUUCUGGAAUAAAGAAUAAUUUGGAUUCCUGAUGUAAAAAAGAAAAGAAAAGAGAAAUAAAAAAAAAAAAAAAAAAAAGAAUAA